CUCAUGGUGGACUCAGAGCCUCAUGGUGGACUCAGAGCCUCAUGGUGGACUCAGAGUCCUCUCUGUCCUCUCAGACGCUCCUGGUUCUCAGAGGAACAAGCUCAGCUCCGCAGGCAGCUGAAGGAGCUGCAGAGACGCCACGACCACUUCAGACAGCUGCUGCUGGGAGGUCAGGGGGGUCCUGUGGUCUGGACCUCCUCUCUUCACCUCCUCUGCAGGUCUGAGGGGUUCCAGCAGGACCUGG